AUGUGCUACUGCCGCGACGCCGCCCACCGCAACACGUACGACCCGGAGCAGGCCAAGUUCAACCCGGCGCUCAUCUACCAGAUGACGGCCACCAAGCUCGGCCCGAUGCGCUACGAGGCCUACAAGGCCAAGGAGAUUCAUAUGUACCAGGGCGAGAAGGGCUCGCAGCUGUGCGAGGCGGCCCGCGGCGAGGAGAAGCUGCCCGACAUCGGCCAAUCCUACCUGACCGCCCUCGAGCCGAUCCUGCACGCCCUCGAAUACGGGGAUCGCCACGCGGCCCUCAUCGAUGAUCUCAUCCGAAACUAUGACUACCUCGAGACUUCA